CAUUAUAAUAUUGGAAGGAAAAGUCUUGAGAAUUUGGAGACUGUGCCCUUUAGCCCAAAGAGCUGUAAAACACCUUAACAAUUGAAAAUCCUAACCUGAGCCAGGUUUGGUGGUGCACACCUUUGAUCCCAGCGCUCAGGAGGAGGCUGAGACAGGAAGAUUGCCAGAAGUUUUGAGCCUAAAGUGACAAAUGUGUAAAUUCAGUGGAAUAAAUGGCGUCCAAAGUCACAGAUGCUAUAGUCUGGUAUCAAAAGAAGAUUGGUGCUUAUGAUCAGCAAAUAUGGGAAAAAUCUGUUGAACAGAGAGAAAUCAAGUUUAUUAAGCUGGGCUUAAGGAAUAAACCAAAGAAAACAGCACACGUGAAGCCAGAUCUCAUAGACGUUGAUCUGGUAAGAGGGUCUGCAUUCGCUAAGGCAAAGCCUGAAAGCCCAUGGACUUCUCUGACUAGAAAAGGGAUUGUUCGAGUUGUAUUUUUCCCCUUUUUUUUCCGGUGGUGGUUACAAGUCACAUCGAGAGUCAUCUUUUUCUGGCUCCUAGUUCUUUAUCUUCUUCAAGUGGCCGCAGUAGUGUUGUUCUGCUCCACUUCCAGCACACACAGCAUACCUCUGACCGAAGUGGUUGGGCCCAUAUGGCUGAUGCUGCUCUUGGGAACGGUGCACUGUCAGAUUGUUUCCACAAGAACACCCAAGCCGCCUCUGAGCACGAGCGGUAAAAGAAGAAGGAAACUGAGGAAAGCAGCUCACUUGGAAGUGCACAGGGAAGGAGAUGGUUCUAGUACCACAGACAACACACAGGAGGGGGCCGUCCAGAGCCACAGCCCAAGCAGCUCUUCCGGUGUCGGUGCUGUCUUCAGGGGUCUCUGGCGUGCUGCGUUCUUCUUAUCACGAUCAACAAAAACAAAGAAUUCAAUAGAUAAAUCAACAGAGACUGACAAUGGCUACGUGUCCCUUGACGGGAAGAAGACUGUUAAAAGCAGUGAAGACGGAAUACAAAAUCAUGAACCUCAGUGUCAGACUAUUGGGCCAGAAGAGACGUCCUGGAUCCCAGCAGCCCCGAGGACUGUUCUCAGCAAAGACACCCAAAGGACAAUAACAAAUGUCUCUGAUGAAGUAUCCAGCGAAGAAGGUCCUGAAACAGGAUAUUCACUUCGACGUCACGUGGACAGGCCUUCUGAAAGCAUCCUUCGGAAUAGAAAGUCACACCAUUACAAGAAGCAUUAUCCUAACGAGGAUGCCCCUAAAUCGGGUACUAGUUGCAGCUCUCGCUGUUCAAGUUCCAGACAGGAUUCUGAGAGCACAAGGCCAGAAUCUGAAACAGAAGAUGUAUUAUGGGAAGACUUGUUACAUUGUGCAGAAUGCCGUUCAUCUUGUACCAGUGAGACAGAUGUGGAAAAUCCUCAGAUUAACCCAUGUGUGAAAAAAGAAUAUAGAGACGACCCUUUCCAUCAGAGUCACUUGCCCUGGCUCCACAGCUCUCACCCCGGAUUGGAAAAGAUAAGCGCGAUUGUGUGGGAAGGCAACGACUGCAAAAAAGCGGACAUGUCUGUGCUUGAGAUCAGCGGGAUGAUAAUGAACAGAGUGAACAGCCAUAUACCAGGAAUAGGAUACCAGAUUUUUGGAAAUGCAAUCUCUCUAAUCCUGGGCUUAACACCAUUUGUUUUCCGGCUCUCUCAAGCCACAGACUUGGAACAACUUACAGCACAUUCUGCUUCCGAACUUUAUGUGAUUGCGUUUGGUUCUAAUGAAGACGUCAUGGUUCUCUCUAUGGUUAUAAUAAGUUUUGUGGUUCGUGUGUCUCUUGUAUGGAUUUUCUUUUUUUUGCUCUGUGUAGCAGAAAGAACUUACAAACAGCGAUUGCUUUUUGCAAAACUCUUUGGACAUUUAACAUCUGCAAGGAGGGCUCGAAAAUCUGAGGUUCCUCAUUUCCGGUUGAAGAAAGUACAGAAUAUAAAAAUGUGGCUAUCUCUCCGUUCCUAUCUUAAGCGUCGUGGUCCACAGAGAUCCGUUGAUGUCAUAGUUUCAUCUGCCUUCCUGUUGACUAUCUCAGUUGUAUUUAUCUGUUGUGCUCAGCUGCUUCACGUGCAUGAGAUCUUCCUCGAUUGCCACUACAACUGGGAACUGGUGAUCUGGUGCAUCUCCUUAACACUCUUUCUCUUACGAUUCGUUACCCUGGGGUCAGAAACAAGUAAGAAGUACAGCAAUACCUCAAUAUUACUUACUGAGCAGAUAAACCUCUACUUGAAAAUGGAGAAGAAACCUAACAAAAAGGAGGAGCUGACACUAGUGAAUAAUGUUUUAAAACUGGCUACUAAACUACUAAAGGAAUUGGACAGCCCGUUUAGGUUAUAUGGGCUUACAAUGAAUCCGCUGCUUUACAACAUCACCCAGGUUGUCAUCCUGUCAGCUGUUUCUGGUGUUAUCAGUGACUUGCUUGGAUUUAAUUUAAAGCUGUGGAAGAUUAAAUCAUAAUGAUUCAGAGAAAAGAAGAUGUAGCCUCUUUUCCAGAAUCUGAGUACUGACUAGGCUGCCUUCGGAAAGCAGUCGCUGACUCUGCGCUUCAGGAGUCUCCGCUGGGAAUUGAAGUGUUUACAUCAGACUCUCUUGUGCAAUUCUUAUAUUUAUUUUAUUUGUUCACUGUUUUUUUACAUUUAUUUUAGUCUUUAUAUUUUAUUUUUAAGCAUUGAUGUUCUUAGUUGUUGAAAGGGUGGUGAAACUGAUAUCCGGAUACUUGAGACCCUGGUUAAUUGCUCCUAAAUAAGAACCCGUGAAAACAAGCCAUUGGGAAGCACCAUUUCUCCACCAGUGCCGUGACCUUGCCUUACUUGAGGAGAGCUUCUGUAACUUUGGAACGGUGAUUGCACUCAGCUAAAUGCAGACUCCAUUUUCCUUGGUAAAUCAAGAUCCAGUCAGGGUUUCUCUUGAAAUAUUUCAGAGCAAUGCCAGGAUCUAAACUGACUAAGCUGCAGUUGAAACCCCCUUCAGUAUUAAUGUAUAUGGUAUUAUAUAACAGGUGAACAAGUGCUCUUUGAUGAUAAAACACUUAAUGGAGCAAUAAUUGUAAAUGGUUACCAUACUGUAAGAUAUUUUGAUAAAAAUUAAUUAGUAAUAAUUGUAUUUAUUUGAAACACUGGGCUGUUUGCACAGCUCCAACUGUGCAUGCUCAAAAUGUGCACUUUUAAAAAUUGUUACUUUUACUGUGUAUCUUUCUAUAGGGUGUGUUACAGUGUACUGGGGCAUGAUAUGGUAUCCUUUUGAGUGAGGUCUGUACUCAGCUCACAAGUGAAGUGCCUAUUGAUCUUACUGAAGUACAUUAUGUUUACUCAAGUAAAACAGUUUCCUCUCAUGGUACACUAUGGUAUAUGCUGUUCAUACCACAUUUAAAUGAACAACUUAAGAAUAAGCUUAAGAACCAAUAAAAUAUUCCUCUGACUGCUAGUUAUAAAUUUAUACCCAAAUUUUCAGAAAAGACAGCCUCAGCUUGCAAAUUCUGAACUUAAUCCGGUGCAUCCCCCUCCAUCAAACAAGGGCUAUUUUAGAUGCAGUUCACUGCUCUCCCUUUAAUAGUUUGCCAAGUGUCCAAUGAGAAUUUAUCAUGGUGGCAUGUUAGGUAUGUAGGGCAAAUAUGGUAGUGUCUUACAUUGGGCCUUGAUUUAAGUUGUUACAUUUGUACAAUCAAGAGUGUUUUAGGAAUUACAUGAAACAUGAUUUUGUGUUGUUUUUCAGCAGAGCAUCUGGUUUCUAAAAGAAUUUAUUUGAAACAAUCGAGAAUUUUCCUGGUGCAACGUGUAUCAUAUUGAAUAUACUCAUGUUUUUACCAUGUUUUAUGGAAUUUAAAAUAAUUCAUUGUAAAUAAUGUGUUUGGUUGGUGCAGCUCUAAUUCCCGCAUCUCAAUCUUCAGCUCAGGAGUGCGUGGAGAACAGGGCCAGGCCCUCCCCCUGCUCUUACCACCCCUGCCGGCCAGCCUUGAGUCAGCCUCACUGAUUUUCAGUGCAUUUCCUUCCUGCCAAGGCAACAGGAAGCGUCUUGUUUAUCGGCCUCUGUUCUGAUGUGUUUAAUAACGACCAAAGUGCAUUCUGAGGGUUUUCAAGGAACGUAUUCCUCGAGCUUUAAGAACAUUCUUAGUUUCUCAUGUGAAAAAUUAGGCUUUGUCUAAUACGUUUUUUCUUCCUCUAUUGUCUAAUGUUGAGGUUGUUUGUAGGAAUUAUAUUUUAUAAACUUUUUCAAAAAUAAGGUACAUACCUAUACAGAACUUAACAUUUUGCACAGAGUAUAUCAAAUAUAUUUUGAGAAAAAAAAGUACGGCAUGAGUUCUGUUAGGAAUAAAAUAUGAAACUAUUGUAUCUCAUAAAAAGUUAUUUCAGAAUGGAAAUAUUUUUGAGAAAAGUAGCUAAGUAUGCUGAUUUAGGGAAAUGCUUGUUUAGGUCAAAGUUCAGUUUAACUUAGAGCUGGGAAUUAAGAGUUAUUAAUAGUAUGUUGAAUUAUGUGACUAAUGUGAGCAACAGUAGAAUACUAAAAGCUGUUACUUUAAGCAAUUCUCGAAUGUUAACAGAACUGUUUCACAGUAGAACAUUGACAUUGCUGCCUUUAAGAAUCCCAUGAAUGUAAGAAAUUGUAGCGUAUCACAUGAUAUAGAAAGGGCAGUUCAAAAGGUUGUGGCAGAUGUUGUAUGUUAACUGUUGUUCUUUGCCACAUGUGUUGUAUUUGAAAGUUUGAACAGUAAGUUUUAAAUAAAACAUUCUACGACUGAC